UUCCAUGCGACCAAUCAGGAAGGAGUAUUCUGCCCAAAACAUCAAAACUUGCAAGAUUUCAAGAAGCAUUUUCUCGAGUUGAGGAUUUACCUCUACAUGUACGGAUUUUGUCAUAUGUAUGCAUGUGAAAGAUCACGUUAAUUUUCGGGGUUCGCUCCUUCACUUCUUAAAUGAUGCUGUAAUGUAGCCGGGUCUUAGGUCGCUGGUGCCCGCAGGGGGGUACCCCUUGGGUGCCUAGGAAUGGGUAGUGCACUCAGCAACCUCUUCAGCAGCAAUGGCCUGCUUGUAUCAAACCAUCGUGGCAUUUCGGAUUUGACAAGAGACCAUGUGAGGCAGUUAUUUGAAGUCUUGAGAGCUAACCCCCGCAUAAAUAUUCAAAGACUCGAAGGGUUUCUGCAAGGAAUACCAAAGUGUGAUAAUAUCUUAUUAGCUCAUAAUGGAGAGGGUUACAAUUUAUUACAAAAAUGUAUUGGCAUCAACAAUGUAGACUUGGUAAGAUGGAUCUGCUCAAGAAAUCCUGAUCUUAAUCGAAGUGCAUGCUCUUUCCCACUGCAUAUUGCAUGUCUGAAAGGGCAUGAGCAAAUUGUAGAGCUUCUCCUUAAACAUGGUGCAAGGGUUGAUGUGGAGGCACGCAUGUGUUGGCCUGGACCUCACAGCCAAAACUGUGAAGAGCGGGGAAAGUAUUCAAGUUCAUAUGGUGACCAUAUACCAGCUGAAAGAACAAGUGACAAGCUUCAAAAUGCAAUUUCCUAUGCUAUUGAUGGGGACCAGGUAGGAAUACUGGAACUUCUUAUUCAAACUGGAGAUGAACAUUGGUUUCCAUGGCAAGCCAAGCGUCCUUUACUUCACAUUGCUUGUGAUAGAGGUGCUCUGAAUUGCUGUAGGUACCUAGUGGAAGAACGACCUGAAGAAGUAAACUUGUGUUUUGAUGAGUACUACCCAAUACAUCAGGCAGCUCUCCAUGAUGUCCGCUUUGUUGAGCUUCUAAUAUCAUGUGGAGCCCAGACCACGGUCCGCACAGCAACUCAACAAAUGACUGCUUUACAUAUACUGUACCUUAUUGGGCGAAAAUCUGCUCAAGAUACCUUGGCAACAACACGUCUUCUGUUGGAUAAUGGAAUGCGAGAGUGCAUCAAUGAAGCUGAUUCCCUUGGCAAUACUCCACUCCAUGGUCUUAUUGUAAGAUAUGCUUUGGAAGAAGCAAGAUUUGGCUAUGAUCAUGAUAAUCAACCCUGGAACAAGUGGGAUGUUUUACAUUUGGUUCGCUAUCUUCUUCAAAAUGGAGCAAGACCUUCUAUUAAUCAGCCAGGAAAUUCAGCACUAGCUUGUGUUCUGCGUCAUGUUCGAGAUUGGGAAUUCCGAUAUGAGCUUAUUAAUAUGCUUCUGCAAGAAGGUGGAAAUCCAAACUUUGUUGGUCGUGAUGGUUCUGUCCCUCUUAUGGUCUGCCUUGUCCCCUUAAUCAACAAAGAUCCUUUACAUCAUUUCAACCACAACAUGAAGGUGUGUUAUUUAAAUUGUGUUCGAAUUUUAUGCAAACAUGGGGCAAGUCCGAACUGUUCCUCACGGUCCAACUUAACGCCUUUACAUGUUCUCAUGUUUACUGCCAGUGAGAGUAUAGCCCUUUCACGUCAAGAUGAAAAAGCUCAGAAUUUCGAGUUCAUUCGUAGCUUACUGAUAAUUCUUCUUCAACAUGGGUUGGAUCCUAAUGUCCGAUUUUCUCAAAAGACACCACAUAUCCUCCCAGCAGUAAUGGGGAUGGUGACUCAGGCUCGUUCACCUGGAGAUCUAAUUCAUGUGCAUUCCCUCACCCUGGCUCUCCUUCAACAUGGUGCAGAUCCCAACAUAAUUGUUCCACCCCCAGACCACAUAACAAUUUGUAAUUCUCAAUCUUGUGUUUUAAAGAGAGCAUCCAACCAUGUUCUCUAUUACUACAUAGUGACAAUAUGCAGAAAAGAAGACAUAACAAUGGACCCAGCCCAAAACUUUGUCACAGUUAUUAUGCUUUUCUACCUUUGUAUGGAACAUAGACCUCUUUUUUCUUGUUUGAAAGUUAUUUUUACCGCUCUACAUUCAGGCAUCAUAUCAGUGAAGGGUACAGCUCUCCUUAAUGUGAUUCGUGAAUUGUAUGCUACACCUCGUACACUCAAGCAAAUUUGUCGAGUGACUAUUUAUAAGGCAUUGAAUAGGUGUCCUGGGGAGCAUGCUAACAAAUUGCCUCUUCCUCCUGCACUGAAAGAUUACUUACUGAGUUUUGAACCUUAGAAUGACUUAUAUUUCUUAUGUUUGUUGUUUCAGAUUUUCGAUUUAUCAGAUAAUUGUUUGUUGUUUUCUUAUAAAGUUAUUAUUUUAAAAUUUAUUUUAAUAUGACCAUUGGUGCUGCUUUACCAACUACACCACCUUCAGAUAGUUAAGACUAUCUUCCUUAAAGGAAAGUUUUUCUCACAGUUUAUAAUGAUCUGAACAAUGGGUGCUCUCUACACCCACCCUCUCUCUUCAGCUCUUGAGAUUUUAUUAAAUUUUAUUAGAUUUGUUCCUUAGAUUUUUUAAAAAGUAAUUUUUGUAUUUGUUUAUUGGUGCUGCAUUACUUAACUACUGUAUUCAGCUUUAAUCCAACUUCCAUUCCUAUGUUAAUUUGAUUUUCUUGGUGGAGUCUCGUUUCUAGUUACCCAUGCUAUUGUUAUAUGAUUGUAUUGUAAUAUUUAUGACCUAAUUUCAUUGUACAGUACAGCAGCUGUAAUGUCAUGAAAAUAAUUUCCAAUGAGAGUGUGGACAUCUCACAAUUUAAACCCGCUUUCAGCUUUGUCAAGAUGAAGAUGAAAAGAUCAUUGCAACUGCAAGAUAAGUAUCUUGAUGACAAAGAUGGUUUCUUUUGUCCAUUGACUGUGAUUGACUCUAGUUCACACACAAUUAUUAAUAUUGCCUGUGGAAAGUUCACGCUUAAUUUAACAGAAAGGAAACAGUAAUGUGUUCUAUUUGAGAGGCAAUCUUGUACGAUUUUCCCAAAUAUUUUCACUGGCACAUUGUGACUUAUUGUAUUUGUCUAAUUUAAUUGUGACCAACACCUCAUAAAAGCAGAGUAGAUUUGAAGUAGUUUUGUACUUAAAUAAGGCCAUCUGUCUUGUUUGUAUGUGUGCUGCUCUUAAACAAAAGGCUUAUACAUGAGGUGGUUGCAGCACCCUGUACUGAUGUUAAAUUACACAUUAAUGCAUUUGCAGGAAAGACUGGUCUGCAUCUUAAUACUUUGUUGAUAAACUCCCACCUCCAUUAUUUACCCUGAAUGUUAAAUUUUUUUUCAUGUUUUUUACCAUGAGAAGGGGGUUUUGUGUUUAUACAAAUUCCUCAUACAAUCAAUAAAUGGGUAUUGUUCCUCUUUGGAAUAUCUUCCCUAGAUGCCUAAUUCAUUCUUUAAUUUUAUUUUUUUAAAUAUUCUUUUGUUUUAGUUAUAUUGGGGAUGACAUGUUUGAAGUUAUCCCCAUUAUAACAAUUCUGUUGCCCUAGCAGUUUUGCAAAGAAAAUUGGUUCUGCAGGUGCACUCUUUGUUGCCAUUUCUUAAUUGGGGGAGUGAGAUGACAUGUUCAAGAUGUUCGCUGAGUUUUACACUUGAUAUUUUCCAUAUUCCAUUUAUGUUUGUAUCUCAAGUUUGUUAAUAUUGGACAGAAUGUAGUUCAUCAUCUCAGAAUACAGGAGGAAGUGCCAAUAGUUCUUUCAAGAGGGCUCAUUUUGAAAGAUUUUAACUUCAAGGUAUUGUUAUAAAUAAAUGCAUUUUGAAAAAA